AACAUCGAAGUUAAAAAAAAGUAAAAAAACAACGGAGGAAAUUGGUGACGGUGGAGCCACUUGAUCGGCGGUGGAUUUGUGGAGGAGGAGGAGCGAGAAGAUGGCAUUGGUAUGGCGAUCUCGAAUCCUGUUUGAUUUGGGGGUAAAGCCAUUUUAGAUGAAUCUGGAAUAGGCAUUGCAAAUUGUUAGGGUUUGUUGUGGCCCAAUUAAUUACCCUGAACUACACGCUGAAGCAAGCCAUCCCCAACCCUCCUUUUUCUUCUUGUUUUCCCUUUUCUUCUCGGAUCGUUUUCAAUGCAAUCUCUCCAUUUAUUAUCCCUAAACCCUUUAAUUUGGAGCGCGAAUAUAACUCUUCGAAGCAGAGAGAGCUUUAAAUGCGAGUUGGUUGCUGCGGUUGCUUUCCAUCUCCUCCUUCUUCUUAAGCGCUAAGUUUUCGAAAUCCCUAAUCUUAUAUCGUUAAAACCCAUUUUCGCUUCUCGAUUUUGGAUCGACCCUUUUGAUUUCCAUGGAUUUCAUCGCGAAUCCAUUUCGAUUUUCUUCAUCUUCGUCGCCUUCGUUUGGUAAUCUCUUUGAGAGAGUUCGAGACAUUUGUUGCUAUGCGGUUUCUGCGAUUCUUGGCAACGUCUUGUCCGCGAUCUUCACUUUUUUCUUCGCCCUAGUGGGGACUUUGCUUGGGGCCAUGACUGGCGCAUUGAUUGGCCAAGAAACAGAGAGUGGGUUCGUUAGAGGAGCGGCUGUUGGGGCAAUUUCUGGAGCUGUUUUCUCCAUUGAAGUCUUUGAAUCUUCUCUGGUUCUUUGGCAAUCAGAUGAAUCAGGAAUAGGCUGUCUUCUUUAUCUUAUUGAUGUCAUUGCAAGCCUCCUAAGCGGACGACUCGUUCGAGAACGGAUCGGUCCAGCCAUAUUGAGUGCAGUUCAAAGUCAGAUGGGUGCUACAGAGACGAGCUUUGACGACAUCCCAAACAUCUUUGAUACGAGUAGCGCAAAAGGAUUGCCCGGGGACUCGGUCGAGAAAAUUCCCAAGAUCUUAGUAUCUAAGAACAACAGUGUAGAUGCUUACGGCGAGCGAGUCUGUUGUUCUGUUUGCCUUCAGGACUUUCAACUAGGAGAGACUGUAAGAAGUUUACCAUAUUGCCAUCACAUGUUCCAUUUGCCCUGCAUUGAUAAAUGGCUUCUUACUCAUGGCUCUUGCCCUUUAUGUAGAAGGGAUCUGUAAUAUUUUUCCACUACUACUACUGUCUUAACUUGCCCUUGUAAAUUACAAAAUCCACGAAAAUUUUCCUUAUUUUUCGCUAAAACUCGAGUUGGAUCAUUGCUUCAGUUGUUCGAACAGGGGCAUUCGUAACAUACUGAGGCAAUCGAUCGUCACCGAUGUAUAAAAUUUUUGAGUAAUUAUAGCUUUAUAUUGCUCUUGUGAAUAA